CGCCCUCUGGUCACAGCCAGCUCAUCCCUGCCCUGAGCAGAGUUCGUGCUGACCGCAGCGUUGCCAGGCAUCCCUGGAAGAGGAGGAGGUGUGUUAAAGGAGCGCUGGCCUGGGUCUGCUCAGCCUGCGUCUUUGUCUUGUGCUCUUUCAGCAACCAGAAGCAGAUCUGCAGCUCAUCUGAAAUAUAUUAAACCCUGGAGAGGAGCAGUCUCCUGUAAUCUAGGCGCCCUGACGCUCCAAGGCUCCUAUUUGCUGUCAGAGGUACACCCAUACAUGUAGCUGCAGCUCCUCCAACACUGCGUCUGUGUCCUCCAGUCAAAAUAUUUUCCGAGCUCCAGAGGGAAGACGGAGACAGAAGGUGCCUGAAGAGCCUUCUUCCAAAAGCUGUGGGGGUGCAAACGGGAAAAGCCAGACAUCAAACUCAACGUCAGCCAUCCCGUUUCUCUUGGAGAGUGCAGGAGUUUUCAAGGACGAUCGAUCAAGAUGUCGCGCUGGGGGCGGAAGAAUGUGAAGAAGGCACCCGAGGUGGUUCGCACUGUGACCGAGGGGCUCAAGUCUCUGUAUCAGAAGAAGCUGCUCCCUCUGGAGCAGUACUACGGCUUCCAUGACUUCCACUCGCUCAGCCUGGAGGACGCAGACUUUGACAACAAGCCCAUGGUGCUGGUGGUGGGACAGUACUCCACGGGGAAGACGACGUUCAUCAAGUACCUACUGGAGCAGGACAUUCCUGGAAGCAGAGUGGGACCUGAACCCACCACAGACUGCUUCACUGCCAUCAUGCACGGGGACAUGGAGGGCGUCAUCCCGGGCAAUGCCCUCAUCGUAGACCCCAACAAGCCUUUUCGCAAACUCAACCCCUUUGGAAAUACCUUCCUGAACAGGUUCCAGUGCGCUCAAAUGCCCAACCAGGUCCUGGAGAGCAUCAGCAUCAUCGACACGCCGGGGAUCCUGUCGGGGGCCAAGCAGAGAGUGAGCCGAGGUGAGCGGAGUAGCAAAGGCUAUGACUUCCCAGCGGUGCUGCGCUGGUUUGCAGAACGCGUGGACCGCAUCAUCCUGCUGUUCGACGCCCACAAGCUGGAGAUCUCGGACGAGUUCUCGGAGGCCAUCGGAGCCCUGAAGGGCAACGAGGACAAGCUGCGCGUGGUGCUGAACAAGGCCGACAUGGUGGGAACCCAGCAGCUGAUGCGCGUCUACGGCGCGCUCAUGUGGUCCCUGGGGAAGGUGUUCGGCACCCCGGAGGUCCUGCGCGUCUACAUCGGCUCCUUCUGGUCCGAGCCGCUGCUGGUCGCCGACAACAGGAAGCUGUUUGAGCUGGAGGAGGAGGAUCUGUUUGCCGACAUCCAGAAUCUCCCCCGCAACGCGGCGUUACGCAAGCUCAACGACCUGGUGAAGAGGGCACGGCUGGUCAGGGUCCAUGCGCACAUCAUCAGCUACCUGAAGCAGGAGAUGCCGUCUGUCUUCAGGAAGGACAACAAAAAGAAGAAUCUGAUUUACCAGCUGCCAGUUAUUUUCUCCAAGAUCCAGCUGCAGUACAACAUUUCCCCUGGAGACUUCCCCGACUGUGCUAAGAUGCAGGAGCAACUGAUGGUUCACGAUUUCACCAAAUUCAAAACGCUGAAGCCAAAUCUGAUGGCGGCGCUGGAUGAGCUGCUGUCCUCUGACAUCGCCAAGCUGAUGCCCCUCCUUCGGCAGGAGGAGCUGGAAGCAGGCGACCAGCCAGGCGUGCAGGGCGGCGCCUUCCUGGGGACCCGCGCCGGGCCCUUCGGCGAGGGCGACCCCUUCGCCGAGGAGAACGGAGAGGGCUGCGAAGAGGAGGAGGACUGGGUUGUCACCAAAGACAAAGCCAAAUACGAUGAAAUCUUCUACAACCUGGCUCCCAACGAGGGGAAGCUGAGCGGCACCAAGGCGAAGGACUGGAUGGUGAGCUCUCGUCUGCCCAACUCGGUUCUGGGGCGCAUCUGGAAGCUGUCGGACGUGGACCGCGACGGCAUGCUGGACGACGAGGAGUUUGCCCUGGCCAGUCAUCUGAUCGAGGUCAAGCUGGACGGCCACGGGCUGCCCCCGGAGCUCCCCACCCGGCUCAUCCCGCCCUCCAAGCGCAGGCAGAAGGGCUCUGACGCAUAGGCGCGUGAGCGGGUCCUCCGUCACCUCUGACCCCGAUGCUUCCCCAUCGUUAAAACGCACCACUCGCCCGCCCUCUGAGACUAAAUCUGGUCUCCCACCUCGGAGCAGACUGUAUUUAUGCCUGAAUCAGAGUAUGUGAAGCCGCGUGGGUCUGGUUGCGUCCUCUGUUUGGCUCCUUGUAGCUUCCUUUUUACAGAUGCGAGUCUAAAUAACAGCCGGUGUCCUGUGAGCGAGCAGAUACCACGUUUCCCUACAUUCCUUCAGCGGCCAGGCUGGAGCGGCAGUAUUGGUCAUCCCAUUUGAUAUAGUCCACUUGCUUCAAAGAUUAGUUUCUAGCAUGUAGCACGGCCACGUGGCACAGAUCUAAUAUCUCUACUGCAUUUACUCUGAUGCUUCUCACUCCAACUUUGGUGCAUAUAUUAUUUUUAUAAUUGUUGCUGUUGUUGUAUAUGUGCUAACAAAACACGCCGAGAUGAACUUUUUCAACCCGACUGAAUGACUGAUGUAUUACUGACUACUGCACACAGCUCCUCCAGCUGUUAUACCAUUAUAGUAACCAAAUAAAAGGAUCUGACUGUG